AUGGCCCUGGGGCUGCAGAAUGUGCAAAUGAACCCUCUGUUUGGUGACUUCAAAGGCCCCACGGGGAGAUCAGCGCCCCCAAAGAGAAAGCGGCGGGAGCGUACCGUGUACAGCAAAGAGCAGUCGGAGGCGCUCAAAGAAGCCCUCCUGAGGACCGAGUACCCGAGCUACCGGGACCGCCUGCGCCUGGCGGCCAGGCUGCACCUGGACGAACACAGAGUGCAGGUCCGAGCCCCCCGCCCCGGCCUCCCCUCCUCCGGCCCGCGGCCGCGGUGUGGUUCAAGAACCGCCGGGCCUAGUGCUCCCGUCUGGAACGACGACAGGCCGAGGGCGGAUACCGGAGGGCCAGCGAUGUGCCCAGGGACCCCGGAGCCCCCUGGACCCCCGCCCCCGCCCUGGAAUCUGCUACCGCAGCUGCAAGCCCCAGUUUCCCAGGCGGCCCGGGAUUCUACAGCCGCCCUCCUCCCCCCAGCCCCGCGGGGGUGCUCCCAGGGCCCGAGCCGGGUGUCUCCAGCCACCAACCGGCCGCGUGGGUCCCCGCACAGGGCGUCCACGUGUACCGCCCGGCUGCUCCAACCCCGGCUCCGGCCCUUGCCCCGGGCUGGCCUCAGGACCCCUACGCGCCGAACUACCGCCCAGAUCCUCUUCCGGUUCUGCUUCCUGACUGUGCCCUGA